CGCCCCACCCCUCGACGACAUCAUCACCACCGCUUCACCUCAAUCAGGAAGCACGGAUACGCUGUUUUUCUUUCAGGUUUUUCAUAACUAACGGAGACUCUGGUAAAAGCUUUAACCGAAAACAAACCAGAGGAGGGUACAAAAAAAAAAAAAAAAAGGGGGGCGCUUUUAUGAACGAUGCUGUAGGGGGGAAAAAUGAUUCCACUGUGAACCACUGCUGUGAGAAGACUUACAGUUUUGGUUACAUCCAGUGCAGGACUCAGCUGUGGAUGUAUUUGACACAGACCAAACGGAGAAGGCCUCUGUCAGCAGCAUGGGACAGCAUCUAGGAAAGAGGGAGUCACACACAGACAGCAAGGCUCCGUCACCUGAACCCAAAGCAGCAGCAGCAGCAACAACAACGGUAGCAGCAGAGCCUGAAUCACCAGAUGAAGUUUUUGGCCUGGUCGAGGCAGAUGCAAAGCAGAACAAUGGCUGCGUCUCGGAGAAGCCGGCGGUGACUGACUCCACGGGCGCUGAGGGCCCCCACCAGCCCUGGACCCCCGCCAGCACAGCUGACCCUGACGCCGCCACGCCACGCCCCCACCUGGUCCGCCUCUUCUCCCGAGAUGCCCCGGGCCGGGAGGACAACACCUUCAAAGAGCGACCCUCGGUAUCGGAUGAGCUGCAGACCAUCCAGGAGCACAGCGGAGCGGCUUCAGAGUGCGGGUCGGAGAGCCCCGAGCAGGACUUAGAAUAGGCUGACAUUUUAUUUUUUUUUUGUUCCUUCCCUCUUCUUUCUUUUCUCUCUUCCUCUUUUGAGCUUUGCUCUCUCAUCUAAGGGAGAGACCA